AUGUUCUUUAAGGUGUUCUGCGUAUUUUCUGUAGCCAUCGCGGUGGUAUCCGCUCACGGACACUCCUCUCAGUUCGUCCACAAAUACGACGGACACCACGUGCCUGUACACCAUGGGCAUGGUCACCAUGAUUACUAUACUCACCCAAAGUUCGAGUUCGGCUACAAAGUGGACGACGAUCACACGGGCGACCACAAGUCGCAGCACGAGCACCGCGACGGUGACGUCGUCAAGGGCCACUACUCGCUGCACGAGCCUGACGGCUCCGUCAGGGACGUGCACUACCACAGCGACCACCACAGCGGUUUCCACGCGGACGUGAAACACAGCACUCACCACAUCGUGCCUCAUCAUCAUCAUCAUUACUAA